AUGCGGUCACUAUUGUUGGUUGCUCUCGCUGUCACGGCAUGCGUGGCUGUCAUAAUUCCACGAUCUCAAGACAAUAUUGCCGAAUGCCUGAUGUGUGAGAUGGCUGUACGUACGGCUGCUCCAAAACUGGAAAAAGACACGGAAAUCAUUGAAAAGGAAUUUGACAAAGAGUGCAAGAAGGAGUUGAAAAUUCCAUUCGCAGACAAACAGUGCGAAAAAUACGUGGACGAACAUCUCGACAAAAUCAUUCAGGAGCUAGAAUCGGGUACUGCACCAAAAGAUGUCUGCACUGUAUUGCACAAAUGCUGA